AUGUCUUCCUCUGAGAUUGGCGAUGUUAAGCUUGGUGUGCUUCAAGAAGUACAAGUCACCACUACUACCGGCGCUGAUUUGGAUCAGGAGAAUGGCAAUACGAACGUAACAGAACGAGAGAAAAUAUCCGAGAAAGAUUAUGCUAGGCAAGUUCAAGAUGAGGCCACACUUGCUGUGUUUGGGAAAAAGCAACAGCUCAAGCGACGAUUUAAAUCAUUAUCUUCAGUGGGCUUAACAUGCGGUUUGAUGUUAACAUGGGAAGUCAUUCUGUUCACCCUUCAAUUUGGUCUACAGAAUGGCGGUCCUGCUGGAUUAAUCUACGGAUACUUAGCAGCAUGGGCUGGAUCCAUGCUUCAAGCUUUAGUUAUGGCUGAGAUGUCAUCAAUGAUUCCUUUGGCUGGUGGACCUUUUAACUGGGUUGCAAUCUUGUCUCCUCCUUGGUGCAAGAAAUUUCUUAGCUACUUGGCUGGAUGGCUUACCGUUAUUUGCUGGCAGGCUUUUGUUGCAGAAACAUGCUAUACGGUUGCUUCUUUGAUCCAAGGUCUCCUCAUUCUCAAUUACCCAGAUUAUGACCCCAAAUUGUGGCAAGCGACUCUGCUCUUUUAUGCCAUCGCUCUCUUUGGGGCUUUCAUCAAUACUUAUCUUGGCGGUCUUUUGCCGCGUAUUGAAGCUAUGAUGCUGAUUGUGUAUAUUCUGGGCUUCAUUGGUGUUCUAAUUCCGCUAGUCUAUUUGUCGCCACAUUCAUCUGCUGAAAAGGUUUUCACAACUUUCCAGAAUCUGGGGGGUUGGAAUAGUAUGGGUCUAUCGUUCUUUGUUGGGUGGAUUACAUCGGUCAGUUCGUUUGUAGGAAAUGACGGCGCGGAUCACAUUGCCGAAGAAAUCAACCAGGCUUCUAAGGUCAUACCUUUCAGUAUCUGGUUCUCAACCUUGUUCAAUGGCAUGCUAGGAUUUUCCAUGAUGAUUGCAGUAUUGUUCAGUGUCCAAGAUAUCGUCGCUGCUACCCAAUCGUCCACCGGAUUCCCAUUCAUGGAAAUCUUUCAAACGGCAUUAGGAUCAAAAAAGGGAGCUAAUGCAUUGGUCGAUCCGAAAACCCGUUUACCUAUCAACGCUAUCAUAGGAACACUUAUCGUCAAUGUCCUCCUUGCACUCGUAAGUGUCGGCUCAUACACCGCAUUCGAGGCAUUCUACUCCGUUGUUUUGGCCGCCUACCAGUCAUCUUUCCUCUUAGCCGCAAGUGUGAUGCUGGUAAAGAGAUUAAAAACACCAGCUUCCGAGAUGCCUUGGGGCCCUUUUAGACUUAGGAAAUUGGGUGUACCCAUCACUAUUGUUGCCAUGAUAUACACUGUUAUCGCGCUCUUUUUUUCGUUCUGGCCCGCCUUUUCAACGGUGGAUGCGGCGGUUUUGUGA